GUUUAGGGCAUUCUGUUAUUCAAUCGCACAAUGUUGCUUGGUUAAGAAGUGGGUCUCCAUCAAAAACUGGGCUUUUACACUUAUUGAGACAAGGUGCAAAAUCGUUUGAAGGAUUCUUUGUUCAACAAAGAUAUGGAAUGCAACAAGGAGGAAGCUAUAAGAGCAAUGGAUAUUGCUAAGAGGAAAGUUGCAGAGAAUGAUUACAACGGGGCUAAGCUUUUUGCUAACAAGGCUCAGGAUUUGUAUCCGAAACUUGAUGGUUUAAGACAAGUGAUGAUGUUGAUCGAUGUGUAUAUCUCAGCAGGAAAUACAAUUAGUGGAGGAGAAUCUGAUUGGUAUGGAAUUCUUGGUGUUGAUCCUUUGGCUGAUGAGGAAGUAGUGAAGAAACAGUAUAAGAGGCUAGCUCUUUUGCUUCAUCCUGACAAGAACAAUUGUGAAGGCGCAGAGGGUGCGUUUAAGCUUGUGUUAGCUGCUUGGUGUUUGUUAUCUGAUAAGGUUAAGAGAAUUGCUUAUGAUCAGAAGAGGAAGUUGAACGAAGUUAAACCGAAAAGGAGUCGAAAGCAGAAACAACCUCCAAAGAAACCACCAAAUCAGCCGAAACAACAACCAAAUCAGCAGAAACAACCACCAGAUCAGCAGAAGCAGCCACCAAAUCAGCCUAGACAGCCACCAAACCAGCAGAAGCAACCACAAAACGAGCCGAAACAACCACCAAACCAGCCUAAACAACCACCAAAUCAAGCAAGUACUAAUGGUAGAGCUAGAAGCAAAAAGCCCACUUCCAAAGUUUCUAUCUUUUGGACAAUGUGCAACAAAUGCGAGACACAAUAUGAGUAUGUGAGGGUUUAUUAUCUUAACAAGACCGUACUUUGCCGAAAUUGCCGUGGGAAUUUUAAGGCAACUGAGAUAGAGAAAACACCAACUGAGAAGGAAAAAACACCAACUGAGAAAGAGGAAACACCACAAGCAACAAACAAGAACACAAAUGGUGCUUCGUCUUCUUGUGAUAGAGAUUCUUCACUAAAUGUUAAUUUUGAUUCUAGUUUUCGACGGGAUUCUUCUUUAUCAAGAAUGAGUUACUUUAACAGUGGAAAUGUGGCAAAUCAAGCAGAAGAAAGAGGGAAAAGAGAGGUAAGGGAGUCAGAAGAAGAAGCUGGUAGAGGAAUUGCAAACUCUGAUUUGAAAGUAGAAGAGAGAGUUUUUAAGAAGCUGAGGACAGAUAACUAUGCAGAGUCAAGUAGUGAAAUCAAGGUGUGAAGUAAGCUGAGGACAGAUAAUUAGAAGUUUAACAGUGAAGUAGGAACUAUGACAUUUAGAAGUUUAACAAUCAAUGAUUUUAUGAUUAUGAUAUUUGAAUAUUUUGCAUCUAGACUAGGAUCUUGUACAGUGGAACCAGGUUAGUUCUUCUUCCUGUCAUCUUCAAUGUUGAAUCUGAAAUGUCAAAGCUUUAUUUUAUUUUUGUUAACAAUGUGUGCUUUAACAACGUGAGUCAAAUUAAUCAAAGUGGGUUCACUUAAAUUG